AUGACAAAACGAAUUGCUUCUGGUAUCGGUGCUAUUAAGCGGUUAAGGUAAUUUGUUUCAUUGGAAACAUUGCAUGUUAUUUACCAAGCUCUAAUACAACCACAUUUUGAAUGUAAUGUCGUGUGAGGAGAUUGUGGGAAAACUUUAUCUAACAAACUUCAAAAACUUCCAAACCGUGUGUUAUAUGUUAAGUAUAAGGCCGUAACCGUUGCAUGCAAAGAACGAAACCCCGACUGGUAUUUGGAUAGCAAAUCAUGUUCUAACAUCUAUGCAGUAAUAAAUUUACGUGGUGUUUCCACAAAAAAAACAAUUAUUGUGCUACAUUUGUUUAUAUUACGAUCGGACUGUUAUCGGAACAAAUCACCUUUUGGUGUAUGGGAUUUAAGGUAAAAGACAACAACAGUGGUUUUGAAUACGGACUCGAUAUAGAGUAAAAGAUAGUUUGUAAACGGGUUGUUUUAAGUAAAUAAAGUAUCCAAGAGUUCAGUACAACAAUGGCGACGAGUUCUCAGUGACAGCGGCUACGGCUACAAAAGGACCCAAGCUAAAAGUUUUACCCUUCGAUCCUCACGGAGAUCGGUUAGACCUGGGGAAACGAUGGGAAAAGUGGUUCGAACGAUUUGAGAGAGACCUCAAGUAUAACGGAUGUGACCCUAGUAAAACACCAGAAAUAGCCAAAAUGGCGCUGUUAAUAUACGCAGGCACCGAGGUGGAAGACCUGCACGACACUCUGCCAGAACCAAGCAGACCAGAAGGCACAGAGGAAGAAAACUGGACCGCGUAUGAGCAAUCUAAAACCAAAUUGAAAAUACAUUUUUCACCAAAACAGUGCAACGACUUUGCUAUCUUUGAAUUACUCCGAAUGAAAAUCGAAUAG